GUUGGAGGUCUUGCCCAUUGUCUUGCAUCGGAUUGCCUUUCGCUACGAGGGCCUCAAGUCCUGGAGUGGGCUGCAGAUGCUCACCAUGCGAAGGUAUUGGCGCUUCCAGCUGGCAACCAUCGGCGUCACUGUCCUUUCGGGCAGCGUUUCGAACUCGCUGUCGCCACGCACCUGGCAGACAGGGAUUAG